CAGAAAGACCGGGGGUUGGGGAGGAUGGAUGAGUGACACCCAAAGGCCCACGUGUUAGCGUUCGUGAGCAAAGGAGGAAGCGAGAGGUUAACGGUUGUUUGACGCAGACUUUGCAUAACUGGCACUGAAUACGCGGAUUGUGCUGGACUCCGCUGAGACUGAGAAGCGACCUGUUGGCACUGUAGAAUGGGGAACAAACGCAGUCUAACGAUGGAGUUUUGGGGGGUUUAUCUCUGUCUGUCUGUCACGUUAGGAGGCUGCACAGGACAGCUCUCUAUGUCCAUUGAAGGGCCGGUUGGUUAUACUCUGUCUGAGAAGCCGCUUCCCACCACCACUCCAACCCCCACGUUGCCAGAAAACACCAUGUUGAUGACCCCCGAAACCACAGUGGCUACUCAAGGUCACAGUACAGAAGGGCCUUCUGCAGAUGACAACGGCACCUCAGUAUCGCAGAAUAACUCCCCCUCGGCCAAUGCAACUGAGUCCAGUGGUACCCCUGGAGCGAAUGCAACCAUCACCGUUCUUGUGGUCACAAGCGAUGCCACAACCCACAGCACCAGGAAGAAGACUGUAGAUGAGGACAAGGAACGGCACUGGGGCUAUCAGACCCUGGAGUCAUCUUUUUCAUACGACUACAGCUUACUCCGGCGUGUGGGGCUAGGAAUGGCGUUCCUGUUCUUUAUGAUUGGCAUCCUGGUCAUUGCAAGCAGCAGAGUGGGCAAGAUUCCCAAGUGGCGCAAGCGCUCAGGAAAGACUUACGAGGUGACCAGAGUCUGAUGGAGGGAAGAGGCGCUCGGAGACCCGCUCGCUGGAGAUGCUGGCGCUGAGCCCAGGACGGGAGUGGCCUGGUACAGAACGGAGAGGCUGACUGAGGGGUGCUGCACAUUGAGAUUUUCACUAAACUCCGGGUAGUUCUGGGGCCAGGACAACAGGAGCGGCAUCACGCCGCACGAUCAAUGUGCCACGAUCCAGUGGACAAAACACACCCGAUAUUCAGAUAUAUUCGAAACAGGCUCCUCUGCCUUAAAGUACUCCCUAUGUUUUUCCAAUAACUGGUUCCUGCUUUUGUGUUUCAUCAGCUAAAAUAUUUCAAAGCUUCUUUCCUGGUGUUACUGAGAUUGACGAUUGGAGUGUAUUAAUCUAAUAAAACUUGUGUUACAAAACGUGACGGCUUCUCGCAGCGCUGAAGCGCCCCCUGGAGGAUAUUGGGCUGUACUGCAGCUUGAAAUGAGCUGCCUUGGGAUUGUGUGGGACUAUAAAUGUGGUCCCACAGGAAGGAUUUCAGGUACUAAACUCCCGCUCCUGGAGGUUUUUUUUUUUUUUUUUUUUACAGAAUCUGAAAUCAAAGUGUAUUCCUCCAUUUCCUGUAGUUUUAUGGCUCAUGAUUAAGGUCAAUUUGUCCUUAUUUCAGUUAAUAUUCAUAAAUUAAACUGUUGAUAUACACUAAGUGAGCACUUGAUUAGAUAUUUAUUAGACGUAUGUUUUAAACUUAUUGGUCUUCUACUGCUGUAGCCUAUCCACUUAGAGGUUUGACACGUUGUGUGUUCAGAUAUGCUCUUCUGCAUAUCACUGUUGUAAUGGUUAUUUUACCGUUUACAUUAAUGUACUGUCACCUUCCUGUCAGCUUCGAUCAGUCUGGCCCUUCUCCUCUGACCUCUCAUUAACAAGCCAUUUUUGGCCGCAGAACUGCUACUCACUGGAUAUUUUGUUGUGUGUGAAAAUCCCCGGAGAUCAGCAGUGUCUGAGAUACUCAAACCACCCUGUCACAUCACAUUUCUUCCCCAUUCUGACAUUUGGUUUGAAAAACAGCUGAACCUCUUGACCACAUCUGCUUUUAUGCAUUCAGUUGCUGCCACAAGGUUGGCUGAUUAAAUAUUUGCAUUAACAAGCUGGUGUACAGGCCUACCUAAUAAAGUGAUCGCUGAGCGUAUAUAUACCGUA